AUGUUAGCAAAUUAAGAAUUUAGUUGCAGAAUUCCACAUCACAAAGUUAUCAAUAAAAAGAUCGUCUAUGUAGUCAUAUUCGUAUCUCAUUCAUACUGUUCAGCAAAAGUUCAGCAUCUCAGAUAUUCGGAUGCUGAAAAACUACACAACAAAAUUGAUAAGUAACUAUAACAAUUACGACAAUCCGUCAACUUACCCUCCUUCCCUGGGAAGAAAUUGUUUGGUAGUCACAAUGACUCGGAAUCUGGCAUCUUAAGACGUGUAAAAUUGAUGGUCAUUUCAUUAUUAGAGAUCUGAUCUCCAAGAUUAUUUCAAUCAACUAUUAAAGAUUGACAAACUGUAUUCUCUCCCUUGCUUGAAACAAUUACUACCCGACAUCAACGAUGACAAAAGUGAUCUCGUUUAAUAUUUGGAAGACAGGUGCUAUUUCAUUACUAACUCCUAGACCACUAUAAUAGUAUAAUUUCAUUAUCGAUUCAUAUCAACAAUUGGAUAUGUUCGUCUUGUACUUCGUGUAAGUCAUUGACAACUUCAACAAAUCCAAAUGGAGAUUCAAAACCAGAUAUUCCGAUCUAAGAGACAUCCAUCAGGCACUCAAAGAAUAAACCAAAAUAGUACUACCUGAAUUUCCCAAAAGAAAAAUAUUUGGCAUCACCAAUGACGAUCCUCAAGAAAUUGAAACUAGAAAGUGCAAUUUAUAGGCCUACCUAAAUUCACUCUAUGCGUAUUGAAUUACCUUUAAAUAGAGUAACCCAGAACUAAUGAAUUCAGAGAUCUUGGAUUAUUUCAUCCAAAAUAGUAGAAGAGAAUCCAAAAAACUACAGAAAUAUGAUGAGCAGAAGAUCUUACUAAAAAUGGUAAAUGUUCAUCAUUCAUAGCCAAGAAACUUAAAUAGAAAUAGCAGAAAGAGAAGCAAAUCGAACAACUAUAGCAAAAACUAUUGCACAAUAACGAGAAUUCCAAAAAUGAAAUUAAUACUACUGAUAAAUCUAGACUUAACUCCAUCAAAAGACUACCACGGAAGGGUCUCUUCACAAUUAAGGAACAAUUGGAUAAAUUAGAGGACGACAACACAACACUCAUCAGAUAUAGUUCAAUACCAUCUAACCCCUUGACUUAAUUUGGUCAACUGCUUAUCGCCAAACAAUCUGACUAAACUUAUGAGAAGGCCAAUUCAGAACCAGAAAUCAACAAUCAGGACAUAGAUUUUGAGUAGUUAGAUGAGAACGUUCAAACUCAAAAUGAAAUAGUAACAAAGGAUCAAGAAUGA